AUGCCCCUUCUUGCUCUGCCUAAUGAACUCCUGUUGAUCAUAGCGUCUCGGCUGAAAAAUCUGGGUGAUGUCAAUGCUUUGACCCAGGUCUGUCGACGCUUGUACGAAGUUCUCAAUUUCUGUGUCUACGUCCGUGAUAUCAAGGACAAUGAUGGCUGCGGCUUGAUACUGGCUGCCCGGCAUGGCCACCUAGGGGCUGUUCGCAAAUUUCUCGAUCAAGGGCAGGACCCUGUCGACUACCUCGAGCAUGACAAAGGCCUUCCUUUGUUGGAGGCGGCGAAGCACGGGCAUGCGGAGGUUGUGCUGUUGUUGGUGGACUGCAUCCCGGCGACUUGUCGUUUAAAAGUUAAGAUUCACAGCCAUGCACUUUGCGACGCUUUGCGCGCCGGUCAUGACCAAGUGGCGAGGAUCUUAAUAGACAGGCAUCCCGAUCCACCGGCUUCGCUUGAUGAUGAGUCGGAGCUUUUCAACUUGGCCUUGGCUCAUUGUUGCAGUUCAAUCCUGGCGCUUAUGCUAAAACGGGGCUUCAUAGCCAGUGAUUCUUUGUUGAAUACGGCGGUUUCUCAGGGCAAAAACGACUGUGUGAAGGUUUUGCUAGAUUUGGGAUUCGAUGUCAACUCAGUCGAGCCGAAUGAUUGUAGAAGCCCACUCUACUCAGCUGCAGGGAAUGGCCAAGCUGCGACCGUCAGACUCUUGCUUGAUCGAGGUGCCGACCCUUACCGGAAAAGUACCUACGACUUCAUGCCUUUGUUUAUCGCCACGCUUCUUGGCCACAAAGAUGUGGUCCGUACUUUGCUGGAUUCCGGUGUGAAUCCGGAAGGUCUGGAUGAAAAGGCCCGAUAUCCUCCCAAAAAGCCACGAGAGGAGUUCUUCAGAGUUAUCUCUGGCGAAUACAUGAAAUUCUCGACGUGCGACUCGCAGAGGGAUUUAUUUACUAACGCACAUCUUCCUGACUUGCAGGCCAUUGUCCCUCGCAGCUCCAAUUGCCAUACGCCAUUGUGUAUCGCUGCGAUGAUGGGCCAUGAGGAUAUUGUCAGACUCUUGCUGGAUCGCGGCGUGGACCCAAACUUCAUCGAUCCGAACGGAGAUGUGCCGCUUCGACUUGCAGCCAUGAAUAAUCGCUGUGGGAUCAUCUCGCUACUCCUCGAGAGGGGAGCUUGGAUAGAUUUCGUGGACUUGGAUGGGAAGACCGCUCUGGGUCAUGCCUUAUCAACCGGGUGUCAUGAUGCAACGAUACUUUUGAUACAUGCGGGCGCCACAGAGGAUCUGGCGCGUAUUGGGGGUGAAGAUCUUGUUCUUCAAGCCCUGAACCACAGGAUAUAUGGGUCACCGUCCGCAAUACCCGAUAUGUCUCUGGAACAAAUCCAUCUUUACUGCGCAAUUCCACCAAUUCAUGGCUGUCGUACAAGCUUACCUCCCAGACCGGGCGUAUUGCACCGAUGCGAAACAUUACUUGAAUUUUUCCUUGAUAGGGGCUCCAGUGUUGACUCUCGAGACUCCCUCGGUCGCACUCUACUGCAUCACGCGACAUUUCUCUAUUGCAUCUCUUCAAUCGAAUUUCUCCUUUCAAGAGGCGCGGAUCCCAACGUGUGCGAUGUGUUUGGUCGGGUCCCACUGCAUAUUUGGCUACAGAACCCGAGCUACCAUGCGAUUUCGAAAUUCCAAUGGCAUCAGCCCUGA